UCUAAUCUCAUUAUCCCUAUCCUAACCUAAUCCACCAGGAACACCACCUCCGAGUCAUCCACACCCUUUUACAUGCGUUGUACUCCACACAACAUACAGACGGACCUACUCAUACUGUAUAUAUAUGCAUGGUAAUGUGAGGUGACCCAUAUCAAUAAAGGAACAAAGAUGUCGGACAUGCAGGAUACGAUGCUGCUGGGUUUAGAGGGAAUCAAGAAAACCAUUCUGCAUGGAGGGACUGGAGUCAUCCCAAAACUCAUCACGGGGGCAAAGGUGACCUUCCACUUCCGCACCCAGCUGUGUGAUGAUGAUCGUACAGUGAUAGACGACAGCAAAGUGGUGGGGACGCCCAUGGAGGUAGUGGUUGGCAACAUGUUUAAACUGGACAUCUGGGAGACCCUGCUGUCCUCCAUGAGGAUCGGGGAGGUGGCUGAAUUCUGGUGUGACACCAUUCACACCGGUGUUUAUCCGCUUGUUGCGAAGAGCAUGAGGCGCAUCGCGGAGGGCAAAGACCCGGUCGACUGGCACAUCCACACGUGUGGCAUGGCCAACAUGUUCGCCUACCACAGCCUGGGCUACGACGACCUGGACGAGCUGAUGAAGGAACCGAAACCCCUCUUCUUUGUCCUGGAGCUGCUCAGGGUGCAGCAGCCAAGUGAGUACAACAGGGAGACGUGGGCCAUGAGUGAUGAGGAGAGGCUGAAGGCCGUCCCUGUCCUGCACGGCCAGGGGAACAAGUUUUACAAACAAGGGAACUACCAAGACGCCACGCAGAAGUACAAAGAGGCCAUCAUCUGCAUCAAGAACAUUCAGACCAAGGAGAAAGCAUGGGAGGUCCCAUGGCUGAAGCUGGAGAAGAUGGCCAACACCUUAACGCUCAACUACUGCCAGUGUCUGAUGCGCAUGGAGGAGUACUACGAGGUCAUCGAACACACCAGCGACAUCAUCAACCAGCACCCAGGUACAGUGAAGGCCUUCUUCCUGCGAGGCAAGGCCCACGUGGAAGUGUGGAACGAGGCGGAGGCCCGGCAGGACUUCAGCAAGGUGCUGGACCUGGACCCGGGCAUGAAGAAGGCCGUGAAGAAGGAGCUGGCUGUGCUGAACAUGCGCAUGGAAGAGAAGAACCAGGAGGACAAGGACAAGUACAAGGGCAUGUUCUGAUGGGGAGAGACUGAGGACAGAGGAUCAGAGGAUCAGAGAGGAAGAGUGGAGUUGUUCAAGAUGAUACAUGUAACAUUUCUGCAUUAAAGCAAAUUUUAAAAAAGCAGUGUGUACUUUCCAACAAUCUUCAAAUCCAGAGCAAUCUGUCAUUUUAUUUAAUGGCUAUCUGUAUUUCUGUAUUUACACAGCAUUCUGGGCUGCUGUCCUUCGUUUCGAGCAUUUAUGCUAACUUAAGCUAGCUGGCUGCUAGCUGUAGUUUCAAAUGUACCGCACAGAUGUGAGAGAGGUAUCUUGUGAGGUGAGAGGUGUCUUUUUUUUUUUUUUUAUCUAUCUCUCAGAAAGACAAAAAAAUAAAUAAUGUAAAUAAGAACAUUUCCCAAAAUGGCUAAUGAUUUCUUUACUACUGUUCUGAUUUUUUUGUACUGUUUUGAAAUAUUUCCUGAUAUAUAGCAGAAAUCAUCCAUACAUCCCUUUUUGAUGGCCAGUAACAAACUGUGUUUACAUAUGUUGAACCAGAUAUUAUGUGAGCGAGUGGCAUUCUCUCAUACAUGAUGUCACACUUUGCCACUAUUUUCCCUAGAUGAUUUUGAAUAAAUGAAGCAGUGGUUGUUGUUAAAGGUGCACUACAUAGUUUUGGGGAAGAAUCUUCAUUGACAGAUUUUUUUUUAUGCCUGAACAAACUAAAUAAACGUGACUGAUUUCA